AUGAACGAACAAACGGCCGCACAGCUCGCUCGAGAGACGGAAGAAGCCACAAGGGAGAUGACCCCACCGCCAAAAGACAUCGCCAAAAGGCACUCGCUCGCUGCGAAGAUCAAGAAGCUUAUCAACCACUUCAAGUGGGCGUCCGCCUCCACCGCCGAUGCCACUGACUUUCACCACCUCCCUGCAGACAUCAUCAUCAACAUCCUCUUCCUGAUCGACGAUGUCGAGGACCUGCGCAGCUUUGUCCUGACCUCCCCCUUCAUCCACACUCUCUUCCUCCGCCACAAGUCCACCCUCCUCACCGCACACGCCCGCGCCCUGCUCAUCGAUGCCUGGGACGAGGGCACCGAGGUGCUCACCUGGCAGCGCCACACCACCGCACACUUCACCGCCACGCACGACGUCGUCCGCGACCUCCGCUCCCCGUUCGUUCUGCGUGACCACGACCUCCGCCAACUGCUCAUCAACCGCGCCUGGUUUGAGAACUGCCGCGCCGUCUACCUCAUCACGCUCGAGCGGUCCGCCGACGAGAGGCUCCCCACCUACCGCGAGUCCCGCGUCGCCCCCUACUUCUUUGGCCGCACGGACAAAGAGCUCUUUCCCCACAGGCUCUUCUAUAUCACGUGGCUCCUGCAGCUACGGUUCCAGAACGAGCGUCUGGAGGCCUUCGUGGGCCGCCCGCAGCCGGACGCGAGAGAGGUCGCAGACUGCUUCCUCAUGGGGCGCAUCAUGUUCUGUGUGACUCCCGGACUGGCAGGCUUCGUCAACAUGCCGACGGCAAGAGAAUCGUGGGGGCGGAUGCUUCGGCGCAACUUGAUCACGACGUGGGUUGUGCCGCCGCCGACGCCGACGCCGGGCGUGGCCGGCGGGUUCACGUUGCAUGUGGACUCGCAGCUGUUUGUCAAGCAAAAGGUCAUGUGGCAUUUGGUUUCUAGGGUGUCGCGGGAGGUGGGGACAUUCGGCGAAACACAGAGGGAUGGCCUGGCGGCGAUUUUGGGGGAGUUUCAGAGGGAUUUUGGGGUGUUGGGGUUGCAGGAGUUGAUGCUGAGGUAUAGGAUUCCGAGUAGUGUGUGGGUGUGGGCGGCGAGUGGUGGGUGCGGGAGUGGCGCUGGGUCCAGGAGGAGUUUGUGA